GGGAUCCGCCACGUAGCUUAACGUGAAAAUCAGUCAUAGCUAGCUGGCUCGCGAGGAAUCGUCACCGAAAUACGUCGUUGUCAAAAUGGCAGCUGAACCCGAGCGCUGGGUACAGUAGAUAUAGAAUAUUACCCACAUUAUUUUUUUCGUUUUUCGUUGAGGACAUUCGCAGUUAUCUUCAUCAGAUCGCAACCUGCGAUGCCGUGCAGCUGAAAGACCGCGUAACCUCUUGACAUUUAUUUUUAACGUUAAUAGCCGACGUAGUCUGACCGACGCUAGCUAGCUUCCUAGCUAGUGCCUGUCAACAAAGAACAACGAAGAAAAAGCGUAUUGAAUGGACAUAUAAAGAAGAAGCGUACGUGGAUUUUAAAAAGACCACAAAGAAUUUUAUCAGAAAUUCUGUGCGAUGAUUUUAAGGCAGUUCGGCCCGAAAAUCUUGCGUCUAUGGUUCCUAAAGAACGAUAGAGCACCCAAAAGGAUAAAGGUUAUUCCUGCGGGGAAGCACUUAGCUACUGCAAACACCCGUGAUUUGAUAGCAAAAUUAAACUUUGACCUGUCACCCGUUAAUCACCCGAGCAAAAUAUUGUAUAAUAACAGGAUUUUUUAAAUUGAAAAACAAUAACCUUCGUGUUUAAUGAAUUCCCAUGUGUGAACAAAAUUUUAUUUUGUUUUCAUGUUUGUCUUUUUCAUGUCUAAGAAGUAUUGUUUUAAAUCCUUGCAUGGUUAUGAAAAUCUUCACAAAAAUGGCAUGUUUUUUUGCUUGCUUUUUGAUUAGUAAAAUUUAUUUUUGUGUUUUAAUUAAAAGGUAGUUCAGAUGUAGAGCUGUAAGUAGUUCCACAAACUGGCAGAAAAAGAAAAUGAGCAUCACAAUGAAUAAAGCCAUUAAGCAAUAAAAAUGUGUAUAUUUUAAGAUGAAAAUCACAAGGGAAUGUUAUCUUCAGUUGAUGGUACAUGCAUAUAUUAUAAUAUGUGCUUAUAUUUGGUGUAAAUAAGAAAUCUGCAAACACAAUGCUGCAGUUUUCUAAGGGUCUUUCAGAUUAUGGAUUAAAUUGCAAAUAAAUGGGUGAAUAUGUUCACUGUCAGGUGUUCAGUGAGGAGGGUUGAUUCUUCAAGAACUGGACAAGGCAGGACGCAGGUGGAGAGAGACGGGGUGUCCAGCACCGGACAGAUGUCCGGCUUCUAUUAUAACCCCGCUGGCCGCGGGGGCAGUGCCAUGCGCUUCAGGAAGAGGAAGUCGCGCUUCACUUUUGCUGAAGUGCAGCUCCUAUUGAAUGAAGUGAAGAACAACCGCCACAUUGUUAUAGGCAAGUUCAACAGGGGCGUCUCAUCAGAUGUGAAGAAGCGAACUUGGGCAGCGAUCACAGCACGCAUCAAUGAGAUCAGCGAGUGUCCACGUGAGGUCAUUGAGAUAAUCAAGAAGUGGUCAGACCUCAAAUGUGACACCAAACGCAAGGUUGCAGCCAUGCGUGCUGGCGGAGAAGGCCCACUACGGACUGGCAACUCGCGCAUCGCACGGGACCUCUCACCAGUAGAAAACAUGGUUUACCAGAUCCUUCAGAUGCCUCCCCCAGACAAGAGGGUCUUUUCUGGUGGCCGGGCCAAUCUAGCGGGCAUGAAGGGGGUUAUCGGUAGUGGAGGCGGUGAGGAUGAUGAGGAGGAAGAUGACAUCGUGCUGGGAAUGCACCAACCAUCCGCUUCUGCCAGUGGUUCACCAAAUAGCAGGCUGGCCGGUCCUUCACUAAUUCCCAAUUCUCUGGGUUUAACUGUGUCUAUGGCCUUACCUGCCUCCAUGCCAAUGCCCAUGUCCAUGUCCCAAAAAAGGGAGGUUGGUGUGUCCGCGCCAAUGUACGUCACAUCCCGAGACCAUCCACAGACAGCCUAUGAUUUUCAAUAUGAAAUACCAGCAGCUGAAGACCAGGUUGUGGAGCUGGAUAACUCUGAUGAAGAGCACCAAGAGAGUGUGCGGCCUGCUGCAUUUAGACCAGCUCCCGUUCCCGUUGAGGACGAACAGCUCCUGAGCAGCUUCCGCCAUGCUACCACUGUUGCAUCUACCUCUUCAUCGUUAUCCGUCACUACUGCCCCCUCCUCAGGACCAGGGCCUGUACUAGCACCUGUACCACCGACUCCAACUGAGUCUUUCCCAAUGUCCUCUCCGGCUCCUAUGAAUGCUCGGGACAGACUGGCCCAGCACGCCUCCCUCAGUGUUCAGGAGCAGCGCAACACAAACCUUUUGAUGGAGACGGUGUCUCGCUCAUUGGAGAUGCUCUCUGAAUCGGUGCAACAGUUGGUGGAGACGCAGCAGGAGUUCGUCCGCGACUCCUUGCGGCUACAGCGCGAGACAGUGUAUAUCCUUAGGGAUUUCUCCACCAGUGUCUUGGCGGUCAUGCGUGACAAGCUGAAUGGUAGGCCAGCACCGUGAUGCGCAAUACCUUGCAAUGAGUUUUUCAGAAGUUCAACUGCUUCACAAGGUUCAGAAGGUUUCUAAUACGCCAAAACUAUUUGAACGUUGAGGUGAUCCGUCAAGGUGUCAACUUGCAAAAAAGAAAAAAGUGAGAACCAGUGAUGACCAGUUCUGUUGAGAGCAUGUUAAGUUGUUUGAGGAAUUGGCUAUAGGGUCACAAGUCAGGGUUUUAUAUAUGAAAGACUACUUGAGUCGCUUCUCUUAGGCAGAUGUAUUCCCUAAUUAGUCAGUGUUACUGGAUAACGCUGAAAAGAAUGAAGUGUAAAUUGGAUUUUUUUUUACAUGCUGUCUGGCACUUGCACUAGACAAAAUAUCCAAAGCUUUGGAGAAACAACAGGCAAUAGAACUUUAGUAUGUUUUAUUGUUGUAAUAUUAGUAAAAAAUACUAGUAGCAAAAUCACCAUUUGCAUUAUAUGUAUGCACAUAUAAGUUAAAUUAUUUUGUAAUUUCAUUUACAGCCCUCAGAGAUGUAAAAAUAAUUGUAAGUCACAUAACUUAAUUGUCCAAUUUUAUUUAAAAUAUAAUUGUAUGUUAUUUUGCAAUACUGUACAGGUUUGACGUUUGGUAGCACUUUGGCUUUCCUAUAUGGUUGUAAAAAAAUUACUGGUACGAGUGCAAAAUAAUGUUUUUUUUUUUUCCUGCAGAAAUAAAUGAAAAUAUUUUGCACAGGGAAUGAAAUGGGAAAAUGCAGUUAUUUUCCAUUUAGUUCAAAUGAGUCGCUUGAUUUUCAGACAUUUUGUUACUACCUCAAAGAUCUUAAUAUGAUACAUAGACGAGCAAGCUGGUUUUUCUAGUCUGAUAUGGCUUGAAUUGUUAAUUGCAUUACUUAAGGGUUCAUAUGCAUUAAAAACCCAGACAUGGAUGUGGUCAUUCAAACACAUGCAAGACCCAAUACAGAUAACAAACCUCUUUUUAAUUUUCCAUAUUUAAUGGUCCUUUGGUCU